AUGACUAUUUCUAAAGUUCAUUCACGUUAUGUAUACGAUUCCCGUGGUAAUCCAACUGUAGAGGUUGAUGUUACAACCGAAAAUGGCUUAUUUAGAGCAAUUGUACCUUCAGGAGCAUCUACUGGUAUCAAUGAAGCUAUGGAAUUAAGAGAUGGUGAUAAAUCUAAAUGGCAAGGAAAAGGUGUAACUAAGGCUGUUGAUAAUGUCAACAAAACAAUUGCUCCACAUUUGAUAAAGUCAGGUCUUGAUGAAAAGAAUCAAGAAGAAAUCGAUUCUUUCUUGUUGAAAUUGGAUGGCACCCCAAAUAAGAGGAGCUUGGGUGCAAACGCCAUACUUGGAGUCUCUUUGGCUGUUGCUAAAGCUGGUGCUGCAGCAAAACAAGUCCCACUAUAUAGACAUAUUGCUGAUAUAAGCAAAUCGAAGCAAGACAAAUAUGUUUUGCCAGUUCCAUUCCAGAACGUUUUAAACGGUGGUUCUCAUGCUGGCGGUUCGUUAGCGUUCCAAGAAUUUAUGAUAGCUCCAACAAACGCGCCAAGUUUUUCCGAGGCUUUGAGAAUUGGUUCCGAAGUCUAUCACCAUUUAAAGUCUUUAACCAAGAGUAAGUACGGACAAUCUGCUGGCAAUGUUGGAGAUGAAGGUGGUGUAGCACCAGAUAUUGAAACUCCUGAAGAAGCACUCGAUUUGAUUGUUGCUUCUAUUGAAAAGGCUGGCUACAAGGGUAAGGUAUCCAUUGCCUUAGACGUAGCAUCAUCCGAAUUUUACAAGGAUGGUAAAUAUGACUUAGAUUUCAAAAAUCCAAAUUCUGAUAAAUCUAAAUGGUUAUCGGGAGACCAGUUGGCCGAUUUAUAUGAAAGCUUAAUUGAUAAUUAUCCAAUUAUAUCAAUUGAAGACCCAUUUUCAGAAGAAGAUUGGGAUGCAUGGUCUAAUUUUUACCCUAAGGUGGCCUCUAAGUUACAGAUUGUUGGUGAUGACUUAACUGUAACUAACCCAAUCUUCAUUAAAAAGGCUAUAGAGAAAAAGGCUGCAAACGCGUUAUUGUUGAAAGUGAAUCAAAUUGGUACACUUACUGAGUCAAUUAAGGCAGCCCAACUUGCGUUCAGCGAUAAAUGGGGAGUUAUGGUUUCUCACAGAUCUGGUGAAACAGAAGAUCAUAUUAUUGCUGAUAUUGUAGUUGGUUUAAGAACUGGCCAAAUUAAGACGGGUGCUCCUUCCAGAUCCGAAAGAUUAGCCAAAUUAAACCAAAUUCUAAGAAUUGAACAGGAAUUGGGAGAUGAUGCUGUAUAUUCUGGUAAGGGUUUCCAUACCGCUCAGAAUUUGUAA